UGUAUAUGUUUUGUAGCACGAUGAUCUCAAUCAAAGAGCAGAUUCAACUUUAAAAGGCAUGGUCGGUACGAUCAUUAAAGACUAUUUUCCGCGCCUAACACAAUCGCAACGAGCAUUAUUUUAAGCUUCACCAGUUGGAAGAUUCAUAGGAAUGCAUGUCCCCAAUGGUGACCCCUUACUUAUGCAUUUGAUGAUGUUGCAUGAAGUAAGGUGUCAAGAAGUGUUUGAAAUGGGGAAGUUUCUUUUUGAGAUACAGGGGAUGCAGUUGGAUUUGGUUGAAACUAAAUAUAUUUUGAUUAGUGGGUUAAGAGUUGGUCCUUAUGUGGAUUUACUCCAUGACGAAAGAGGUCGGUCAAAUUCAAAUCUUCGGGCUCGGUUGUUCCCAGACAUUACAGAUGCAAGUUUUCGGCUCAAAGAUUUAGAAGACUACAUUAUGUCUCCGAAUUAUUUGACACUUCAUGAUGAAGAUUUUGUAAUGCUUAUCCAACUUGUUUUUAUGUUGAAAUGUCUCCACGGACGGGACGUUGAAACGGGCAUUCCCGCGGCAGUAUACAACCUUGUUGAUAACAUAGAUGAUUGGAACAGGUUUGCAUGGGGUACAUAUUUCUGGACCUAUACUUCGGGGUUGAUGCGUGGAAUGUUUGAGAAAAUAGAAAAUUUUAGAAUAUUCAAGCAGACCAAUCCCAAAUCGAAGAAAGUACACAAGUAUAUUGUUGUCAUUUUUGUGCUUCCGUUUAAGAUAUGGAUUUUGGAUACGUUCCCAGAGGCAACACAGUAUUAUGUUCGAAUGCCGACAAAAUUGCCACCAAUGAGGUCGUGGAGAAGAAAAACACCGUUAUCUUGGGUUCAUUGUCGUCAAAUAAUCAACGUGUCUGUUCCUAACAACCAUCAUAUUGUUGUCGUGGCAAACGAGACGGAGCUCAUGGAGCCGUUUUAUAUUCGCUAUGUGAAUUGGACUCUUAACCAUGAAGAAUCUCCCCCACUGCAACAAAUUCCACCUAUUGUUUCCUCGCCUCCUCGAAGAAAGAAGUACAAGUCGGACACAUCUUCGACUGAAACGGCCACAAAUGCUUCUACCUCGCAACAGCCUCAAGUAGAAAGACGAUAUAUGUCAAGCGACACAUCAACAAGGUCGGUAAAGAAGAAGAAGACGAGCAUAAAGGCAUUGGAAGCAUCUAAUAGGCGUUGUGGCUGA